AUGGCCUGCCUGGCAACACGAUUGCUGGUCGCCGGUAUCUUGGUAACUUUGGCCAGGGCCGCAACGCCAAACGAAAAGUCUCCCAACUUCAUCCUGUUUACAAAGCGCUACGGGACCGUCUCCCCCGCGCCCUUCGUGAUCAACGGAACCGGAAUCAGAGCGGCUCAGGAGGAGCCGGACCUGAUGACGUCAACGAAUCUGACGUUUGUGACGUCAGGAGAGUCAAGACAUUCAGAGCGGACGCAGCGCCAGAAACCACAGUUUGCGAAAUCUGAGGCUUUUCUGGACGAAGGCACGACGACCCAAUUCACUCAAGGAGCUCCAUAUCCAUGGCCCGAAAAUCUGACCGUUCCGCGGCCGGCCGCGCCCGUGACCUUCUUCAACGUCAGCUUCCCUCCUGCAAGCGAUGAACUACUUGUCUUUGACGGUAUCGAGAAUCUCGAUCAGCAAAGUGCCGGAACGGGAGUUUACGCAAACACGAAUCGUGCCCUCGAGCCGCCGGACGGGGGCCUCUGCGUUGGGAACGGUUUCGUGGUCCAAGUUGUGAACUCCGCUCUCGCCAUCUUCGAUUCCGGUUCCGGCGAGGCGCUGGUCGUUCCGGUGGCCCUCAACCAAUUCUUUCAGAUGGCUCCGUUCCGGAUUCCGGCCCCCGCUGUCGGCGCCUUUCUGAGCGACCCCCGCUGCGUCUUCGACCGCGACACGGGCCGCUUCUUCGUCUCGAUCCUCUUCGCGUCGCGCGACGCGGCCGCGGGCGCGUUCGCCGCGCCGACCGCGACGCUGCUCGCGGUCAGCGCGAGCGGCGACCCGCGGGCGGCGUUCGCGCUGUUCCGGUUGUUCACCACCAACGACGGAACGAACGGAACGCCGGACUUCCGGCCGGUGUGCCCGUGUUUGCUGGACAUGCCAAGGGUUGCGGUAAACGGGGACGCGCUUAUCAUAGUCGGGGACUCGUUUGUGAUUGCGAACGGCAGUUUUUUCUCGACGGACGUGUACGCGAUGGACAAGUUCAAGCUGGCGGCGGGAGACUUAGCAGUGCUCACGGCGGCGUAUAUAAACAGCACGGCUACUCGUGUCCAGGGAAAUAGCGUCGCCCUGAAUGUCGCGCGCGUAUCCCCCGAUGAGGCAUUUCCGUCCGACGCGCGCGGCGUCGUGUACUUCGCGGCCGCCCUUGACAUUAAGUGCGACGGCACGCCCGUGCGCCAGCUGGCGCUCUUUGCGCUCGUCGGCACGCGUGCGCUGCGCGCGCUGAUCCCGUUCGUCGGCGGCGUGCAGCUCGUCCAAAGCGUGAUCGACUCCCUGAUCGAGUACAACAACUGUCAACUCGGCCUAAGCCGCACCGGCGGUCUCCCGGUCACUCAGAGGCCGGGGCCCCGACUCCUCAACACAUCUGCGCCGCUCGAGCUUCUAGACAGCAACGGCGACUCUGUGCGAGAACCGGUCUUCGCCAACCGGUCACUCUUCGUCGCGCUCAACACUAUAGUACCCGGUACAGCCACCCGACCACCGACAGUGGGCAUCGCUUAUUUCGUCAUCACGCCUUCCGUCACCACGGCGGCCGAGCGUCGCAAGAAGAAGAGACACGCCACUAGCCCUGACGUCACCAGACGUCAGCCGGCAACGGUCACGGGGCAGGUGGUGACAGCUGGCGUCAUCGCUGCGCCGAACGGGAACAACGUCGUCUUCCCGGCGUUUGCGAUAGGCAGGAAUGGCCGGGGGGUGGUUGGAGUUACGCUCUCGGGGCCGGAUUUCUUCCCGAGCGUGGCGUACGUGCACUUCGACGGGAGCCACGGCCCUUCAGGUGACAUCAUCCUCGCGCGUCCGGGCGCGGCCCCCGAGGACGGUGUGACGGGUUACGUGGCGCUAGCCAGGGGUUUCCCGCAACCCGUUUCGCGCUGGGGGGACUAUUUCAUGGGGACCGCUGACGAGCAAUCAAACUUGUGGUUUGGUGUGGAGUAUAUACCAGACCGGCCGCGGAGUCGACUGGCCAACUGGGGAACGGGCAUCGUCAGGGUUUCCGCAUUGAAUGGCACCGAGUAA